CACACACAAUCACACACACACACGCACACACACACACACACACACACACACACACACACACACACACACACACACACACACACAUACACACACACACAUUCAAACACCCAAACAAGAGAAGAAAGGCAGUGAAGACAGCAUGAGGACGAUAAUUACUACGCUGAUUAUUCUCUCUGUGGCAUGUGUAGUCGAGGUAUCCGGCAAGAGCAAAAUCAGGCAGAAGAGAACAUGGAUCAUUGACUCAUUCGUUAUAGAAGAAGAAAACCCAGGCCCUUUCCCAUAUGUACUUGGCACGAUCCAUGUGGAGAAUGACAAAUCGGUAUGGUUCUUUCUCACAGGGAUGGGUAUUGAGAAGGAACCUAAAAAUGUGCUGAGUAUCAACACCAGAACCGGUGAAUUGCUCGUGCAUAAGAAAGUCGACUACGAGACGUAUAAAUCUCUCUCGCUCAUUUUUGAAGAAAGGGAUGAAAAAUUUGCGCUGAAUACAAAACUUGGAGUUGAGAUUAAGAUUCUGGAUAUUAAUGAUCACGCUCCUGUUUUUAAUUCUUCUCUCUAUGAAGAAACACUUGAUGAGUCUGUAACUCAAGGUAAUCUGGUUGCUACAGUCUAUGCUUCAGAUCUCGAUGAACCAAAUACACCCAACAGCACCUUUAAAUUUGCAAUUGUCUCCGUCACGCCGGAAACAGAUAAUGUUCAGUUCUACAUCAAGCAGAACAACAACAUAGGAAGUAUUUAUUUCAAAGGCUGCCUUGACUACCAGAAAGCACAGAAAUAUACACUCCUGAUCAAAGCUACAGAUAAUGGAAACAAGGUGCAGCUGUCCAAUACGAGCACAGUGGUACUGAACAUCAUCGACAAUAACAAUAACCACCCUUACAUUACUGGUCACACAGGUCCUGCAAAGAUAAAAGAACGAGAGGUUGGAGUAGUUCUGCGCUUGCAGGUCAAUGACAGCGACAGUAACGGUUCACCAGCAUGGAAAGCUAAAUUCACACUUCAUGGAGAUCUUGAGAACUAUUUUAAUAUCACGACAGACCCCAAAACUAAUGAAGGAAUCCUGACUGUUGUAAAGGCGAUGGAUUAUGAGAAGCAAUCUGCAAGGAACCUGUCCAUCAGUGUGGAAAAUGAAGUACCCUACUUUUUCUGUGGGGUGAAAAAACGUAAAUUAUCGGACUUAUGGGAUGUUGAGACUCGUCUCAAAGAGUUCAGUGUGCCUUAUAACAUCACCAUUAAUGUUGAGGAUGUAAAUGACCCUCCAGAAUUUGUACUACCUAUUAAAAAAAUCUGGAUGAAGGAGAAUAUAAAAAUAGGUACCGUCUUGGAAACAUUCUCAGUCAUAGACCCGGAUAAGACAUUCGAUAACACAUUUUACUUUAAAAAAGGAGAAGAUAAAAAUAACUGGGUUACUGUUGAAUCAGAAACUGGUCGGGUUUUGGUCAACAAUGUUAUGGACAGAGAAUCGGCGAUAUUGAAGGACAGCACUUAUACUGUCAUCGUGUAUGCUGUAAAUAAAGCUGAAAAUCCACAGACGGGUACAGGGACGCUGCUCAUACACUUAAUGGAUGAGAAUGAUAAUGUGCCAUUGUUGGUGAGGAAUACAGUGGAAAUGUGUGUAUCUAACAAAACGACUAAUAUCUACGCUGCUGAUCCAGACCUUCCGCCAUACAGUGCACCGUUUCACUGGCUACUGGAAGAUGACCAAACGAAAGAAAAAUGGAAGAUAGAACCAAACUUUGGAACAAAUGUGAGCCUGGUCAAAAAGGACACGGUCUAUAGUGGGAAUUAUGUGAUAAGGAUCAAAAUUUCAGACAGUCAAGGACAUGGUUCAGUCCAAAACCUGUAUGUCAAAGUGCAUUUCUGCACCAGCAACCAUCUCACUGUCCAGCUAGGCCUUAGUGCUGUUAGGAUAAUUAUCUUCACUUUACUGAUUCUGCUAGUGACUUUCCUGAUGGCUCUCAAGCUCAGCAAAAAGCGAAAGACAGCUAUGAUCCUGUCUGACGACGUUUCUGGGAAUCUCAUGAUAUCAAACACUGAAAUGCCUGGAACAGACUGUGAGGUCCCGAAUCAUAUAUCCCAAUUACUACUGAACGGAAGAAGCGUGAAGAUGACCAACGGCUCUUCCAGGAAGCAUUCACUCCUUCACGACAGUACUUCUGCAACAUCAGCUGAAAAUUUAAUGUUGGGAAAAUCCCCCUGCAGGGUGUCAAUGAGCACAAACUUUACCAAUCACAGAGAUCACACUCAUAUUAGCAGAGUCCUGUCAAAUCAAAUUGAUCAGAAACUCGUCCAGCUCCAGACUUCAGAACACGAGCUCGGUGAUUACAAGCCACACAGCUAUGCGGAUGAAGGACCAGAAGAAAUCCAUGAUGAAAAUCUAGAUACACUCUCAGUUACUGAGAAUGAUUUUAAUCCGGACAUCCUAACAAAUCUAAGCGUACGCUUUUCCAGCCUGGCAGCUGUGUGUAGGGCUGAUUUAAAGUCACCUCCCCAAGGAUAAAUUUAAGAUUAUGUGUGACUAUGUGUAAAUUUUCUGAAUUUGGAAUCAGUGGAACAAUUUAAACUUUAAAGCAGCGGUGUCUAAUCGUAUCCACAUCUGCUUGGUUGGAAUGAAAACCUGCCCCCACACCGGCCCUUUGUGGAUAAGAUCGGUCACCGCUGCUUUAAACUAAAAGACUGAUUCAUGGAAUAAAACGUUGUGAACUGGUAUUAUGGCUGGGCUCAAGGUGCAAUCGGAACAAACAUAGAUAAAAAAAAUUGUCAAAAAAAAGUCAAUUCUAGAGAAUUAAAAAAAAGAAAAGUCAAUAAUAGAGAAUUAAAAAGGUAUGAGGAGAAAAUCAAAAGCUAAUGUCAUCUUGGUCUGAAUUUUUGAGCAAAUUUUUGAGUAAUAAUUAUAAUAAAAAUAAAAAUAAA